GUCAAAUAUACCCUCAAAAUUGGGAAAUGAAAUGAUUAUUUUUCACUUUUAUUUGGCAGUUCUCCAAAUAUAUUGUCUUUUCUGGAACAUAAACAAACAGCUUAUGGGAGUCCUUAGCCACUUGAAAGUGGAUGGAACUGUGGACGUUUUGAGAGUCAAAAUACUUAUUCGACUGUGCGGUGAGGUUCUGGACUUGAACUCGGGCUUGACUUCUAUUUACGAUCAGCAAGUUAUUCUAUUCAUGAUCACCCAGAUGUUCAACAACGUUACUAUGGCCUACAUUCUGAUUUCCCUAUCGGCCAACGCAAAAAGGUCCAUCAUACUCGUUAUUCUAGUGAUUGCGCAAUUCCUGAUUCUGACUAUGUGGAAUCUUUGGCUGACAGUUGCCUCAUGUGAUCUAGUGGAGAGCGAAGGAACAGAAACUAAAAGGAUCCUAAAGCUAUUUACCGAUGUUUUUAAUAUGGACCUCGAACUGGAGAGAACUAUAAAUGAAUUCGCCAUAUUUUGCAAGCAACGCUCCUGGAUUUUUUUUCCAUGUGAAAUGUUUACAUUAAACGUUAGAAUGGGUUUUCGUAUGAUUAUCACUAAUGUAUUAUAUGUGCUCUGCAUUAUACAUAUCAACCAACAGAUCUUGGAGUGUAUCGAUCAUCUUGAAUUAGGUCAGAGGCCAGAUCCCGAGGAAGUCCUGGUAUCCCUACGACUCUUCUCUCGUCUUCUGCAUGUGAAGGAUAAGCUCUCCUCCAUUUACGAGGUGGAAACGACGCUCGAGAUAGCCAUUGUGUUCUUUUACAACAUCGUAAACGUUUUCGACCUUUGGCUGGGUAUUAUGAUUUGCGAUCAUUUUGAAAGCGAAUGCAGAAAAUCUUCGAAGAUCCUUAGACUUUUCUCGGAUUUUAGUGAUUUGGACAAGGAUUUGGAGAGAAUUUUGGAUAUGUUUCGACCACGUCGCGGCUUCUGCCCUAAACUUGCUUGGCUCAUUCUUAAGUCAUCUUUAUAUACGUCCUGGAUUCUGGGUCUCUUCCCCUUCAUCUACGAUGGCCAAAGAAAGAAAAUGAGAAGAUCGCUACGACUCCUCCUCUAUGGAUUUAUCCUUAAUAAUAUCAGUGUGUUGUUAUUUGUUUUCAAUGGCGUGAAAUUCAAAAGGAGCAGAAAAUUGGAGGCCUUUCAGCGGAAUACGGUUCUGGAGUUGAUUAACUGGCUAAUAUCUCUGCUCAGUUUGGUCGCAGCCGUUGUGAUUCACUUGAUGAACUUCCUUGGAAGCAAGAAAGUCCUGAAAGUGAUAAAUGAAAUGUGGAGCCUGCAGCAGGAGCACUUCAGAAGCUACAAUGUGCUUCAAAAUUGUCCACAGUUUAGCCACAUUGUAGUGCAAAAAGGAUUUACCAUUUUGGCCCAGACAGGGAAUCUCCUGAUAGCUCAUUUUGGAAUGCCCGAAAACGAAUCGCCCCCUUACUUGAUACUCUUUGUCAGUCUAACGCAGAUAGCCAUCAACCUGACGGUCAUGCAUUGCUUUCUGGCAAUCCUUCUAGUCUACGGAUAUCUCUGGAAAAUAAACGAUCAACUCCGGAAAAUGUUCAACUACUUCAAUGGCAAUCGCAGGGCUGACUCCUCCAGGAUUCGGAACCUCCUCUCCCAGUACAGUCGCCUCUUGGAGUUGAGCAAAAGCAUCCGGUCUGUGUACGAUCUCCAAAUGGCUCUCAUCCUCGCCGGGGGCUUGGCUGGCAAUAUAGUUGUCAUAUUUUUCAUGAUAGUGUACGGCAUCAGCCUGGGCCACAGUUCGAUAUUUUUAGUCAUUUUUCCACAGACCUUGAUCGUGAAUAUUUGGGACUUCUGGCUCAGCAUUGUGGUGUGCGAAAUCACGGAGCGUGAGGGCAAAGAAACGUCUAUUAUUCUUAAACAAUUCACUGACAUUGAACACUCUGACCAAGACAUAGAGAGAAUCGUCAAUGAGUUUUCUUGGCUUUGUGCCACUGGGAAAUUUCGCUAUCAGUUGUUGGGAUUAUUUACAAUCAACUACAACAUGGGUUUCCACAUGAUCAUCACCAGCUUUCUGUAUCUCCUCUACUUGGUUCAGUUUGAUUUUAUGAAUUUGUAA